GCCGCUGGCCAAGACGUGCCUGGUGUCCUUCAUGGGCGACGACGACUAUGGCCGCUGGCUCCGGGGCACGGUCAACGGCCGCCCGGCGUCCUUCAUGCUCAGCCAGAACUCGGACAGCUUCGUGUCGGUCAACGCCGUCAACCGCCUCGGGCUGACGACUUCGCUGUGCCGUCCGUUUAGCGUCAACCUGCUUGUGGGGAGCACCGCGCAGCCCAGCAAUCGCAAAGUGGCGGACCUCGAGUUUGAGCUCGAGGGCGGGUUCAAGGGAUGCCUGGAUUUCGCGGUCAUGAAUCUGGCUCGCCACGAUUUCGUCCUCGGCCACGAGCUCAUAAACUUGUGCUCCGAGUAUGUUCUCAGCUUUCGGGAUGGCAUGAAGGUCGAGCUAGAAUGCGGAGGGCAAAGUUUCACCUCCCGGUUUCAGCAGGGCCGUCCCCAGUUUUAGGUUAUCCGUUGUCGAGGGUCAUGAAUCGUCGAGAAGAUGUUCUUGGAUGUUGUGUUUUUUCCAUUGUUUUCCAUUGUUUCAUCGCAGAGCUUGUUUCCAUCGUCUUUCCAUGUUUUCCAUUGUUUCGUAUAGUUCUCUGAGUUUCUCUUUACGUGGCUCUUUGAUUAGUCACGCUUUCUGGUCCUGGAGAAUCGCCCCCAGCUGCUUCCAGGCCUGUCUCCUCUGUGCCAUUAAGAACGCACUGGGCUGUGAUUAAAAAUCCAAUGAAAUCAAAAGCAUUGGUUUGCAGAUCAACA